AUGAAGUACCCCUCCGAGAAAGGAGCUAUAUGCACUGUCCGGGCGGACAAAAAAACGGCCCGGGAGUGCUAUGUUGCCGGCUUAAGGUUGCACACCCGACAAAUAAAGCGGCAGGCGAUCGGCUCUGAGGUCGCCAUGGCCGACCUCGACCCAAGGAUGAACACCGAAGACCGGCUGGAACCGAUGGGGGAAACCCAGCCUGUCUUGAUAUGGAAGAGCCCCUCCCAGACGACUACCAUGGCCCAGGGACUGGAGCCCGGUGUGGAGGAAGGGCUUAGGUCGCUCCUGUGGAAGAAUAGGGACUUGUUCGCAUGGACGUCGGCCGACAUGUCAGGGAUCCACCCAACGGUCAUUUUCCAUAAACUCUCUCUGUUCAAGGAGGCCCGACCGGUGGCCCAGAAGAAGCGGCGGAUGGGCGAGGAGAAGCGGAAGGCCGUUGAAGAGGAGGUGAAAAAGUUGAAGGACGCAGCCUUUGUCCGGGAGGUCACCUACACUACUUGGUUAGCCAACGUGGUGAUGGUGAAAAAGAGCAGUGGGAAGUGGCGCAUGUGCACUGACUACACCGACCUGAACAAGGCCUGCCCGAAGGAUUCUCAUCCCUUACCUAAUAUAGACGCCUUGGUGGAUGGCGCCUCCGAACAUCGGGUGCUAAGUUUCCUGGACGCGUACUCCGGAUAUAACCAGAUUCCGAUGUUCGGGCCGGACCGGGAAAAGACGGCAUUCAUCACGGAGAGGGCAAACUUCUAUUAUGAAGUAAUGCCAUUCGGAUUAAAGAAUGUCGGGGCCACCUACCAGCGGCUAAUGGACCGGAUCUUCCAGGAGCAGAUAGGCAAGUGCAUGGACGUGUACGUGGACGACAUGGUCGUCCGUUCGGCAGAUGGAAUGGGACACAUUAAGGACCUGGAGGAAGUCUUUCACCAGGUUAGAAAGUUUGGGAUGCGAUUGAACCCGGCUAAGUGCACAUUCGGGGUAGCCACCGGAAAAUUCCUGGGCUUCAUGCUUACAUCCAGAGGGAUUGAGGCCAAUCUUGAUAAAUGUGAGGCGGUGCUCCAGAUGCAAAGCCUGGCCACUCUUAAAGAGGUCCAAAGGUUAGUCGGAGGCCUCACAGCCUUAUCACGGUUCAUCCCAAAGCUUGCCGAGAGAGUCAAACCUGUCCUACGGAAGAUGAAGAAGGGAGCCGGCCCCGUAUGGGACGCCGAGUGCGAAUGGGUUUUUCAGGACGUCAAAACCAUCCUGCUUAACCCUCCCGUGAUGAACCAGCCCGUACCAGGAGACGAUCUGCACAUCUUCCUCGGCGUGUCGGAGUCGGCCCCGCACACUUCUGGAUGCGGAAACCCGAUACCAACAAGUGGAGAAGGUAGAACUGGCGCUGUUAAAUGCAUCAAGAAGACUUCGCCCCUACUUCCAAAGCCAUCAGGUGGUUGUCAGUACCGAUUUCCCCAUCUCCAAAAUCCUGAGAAAGCUGGACUUGGUUGGGCAGAUGGUAUCGUGGCGGUAGAACUGUCAGAGUUCGGCCUACGCUACCAACCGAGGGGGUCGGUCAGGGGCCAGCACUUGGCAAAUUUCGCGGCCGAACUUCCCCCCUACAGCCGGGACGAGUGGAAUCUGUACGUGGAUGGAGCAUCUGGCAGGUCCAUCAGCGGGGCAGGCAUAGUGUUGGAGGGCCCCAACGGUUUCCUAUUGGAGCACUCCUUGGUAUUUAAGUUCAAGGUCUCCAAUAAUCAAGCAGAGUAUGAAGCGCUGAUGGCCGGUCUAGAAUUAGCGAGGGAUAUGGGAGCGAGAAGAGUCACUUGCCGGACAGACUCGCAGCUGGUCGUCGGCCAGAUGAAUGGCGACUUCCAGGUUAAAGAGGAACAACUGUCGCGAUACUUCCACCGCGCAACAGAAUUGGCGAGGACGUUCGACAAAGUCUGCCUCCAACACAUCCCGAGGGAAGAGAACGCGAGGGCGGAUAUGUUGUCCAAACUCAGUUCAGGAAAAGAAAAGGGGCAGCUGACAACGGUCGUCCGACAGGUACUGCUCCAGCCCUCGAUAGAGUGUAUAACAGUAUCUGACGGGGAGAAGCACUGGCGAUCCAAGAUUCGGGACAUCAUGUCCCGGCAGGACGACGGACGGCCCGUUGAGCAGCGCGAGGCAAAGAAAAUCGCCCGCUACUUGCUAGUGGGGGACAACCUGUACAGAAGAGGGUUCACCACCCCCCUCCUCAAGUGCUUGGGGGUAGAAGAGGCGUGCUAUGUACUGAACGAACUCCACAACGGCAUUUGUGGUUUUCAAACUGGAUGA